GCAAAAUACGUCCGAUUUGAAAUUAACUGUCUGUCCCAUUGGACAAGCAAAUGACAUUUUAUCUGUGGCAUUGAAGACAAACACACACACACACACACGCACACACACAAGCAGACAGAGGCAGACAGAGGCAGACACAUGUCAGCAAUGAUGCUGGCAACAAAUAUGUCCACAAUGGGCGAAGGUGUGGGCAUGGAUACGCCCUUUUUUCCAGAGCUGCAGAAGUUUCACAAUGAGAAAUUCUUUUUGAAUUUAACACAAGUGCUAAACAUAUCCGCGGACAACUUGACCAGCCUGCUGCACGGAUUGGAGCCGCAUAGUCGACUAGAGCAGCCGCAUGCCACAAUGACCACAAGCAUGGGACUGCUGGCCACCCUGACCGUUGGAUAUGCGCUCAUCUUCGUGGCCGGCGUGUUGGGCAAUCUGAUUACCUGCAUUGUCAUCUCUCGUAAUAAUUUUAUGCACACUGCUACCAACUUCUAUCUGUUCAAUUUGGCCAUCUCGGAUUUGAUUCUCUUAUGCUCGGGCAUGCCACAGGAUCUGUACAACUUGUGGCACCCGGACAACUAUCCGUUCUCUGACGGCAUUUGCAUACUGGAGAGCGUGGUGUCCGAGACGGCAGCCAAUGCCACAGUUCUGACAAUUACGUCGUUUACCGUGGAGCGUUAUAUUGCCAUUUGCCAUCCAUUCAGGCAACACACCAUGUCGAAAUUGUCGCGUGCCAUCAAGUUCAUCUUUGCCAUUUGGAUAGCUGCCCUGUUGCUCGCCCUGCCCCAGGCUACACAAUUCUCCGUUGUGAAUCAGGGCACAGGUUCAUCAUGUACGAUGAAUAACGACUUUUCUGCACAUGUAUUCGCUGUAUCCGGUUUUCUUUUCUUUGGCGGACCGAUGACCGCCAUCUGUGUGCUCUACGUGCUCAUCGGGAUCAAGCUGAAGCGUAGCCGUCUGCUGCAGGCACUCCCACGUCGCAGCUACGAUGUUAAUCGCGGCAUCAGCGCCCAGACCCGCGUCAUCCGGAUGCUGGUUGCUGUGGCCGUCGCCUUCUUUAUUUGUUGGGCGCCAUUCCAUGCACAGCGCCUGAUGGCGGUCUAUGGUUCGACAUUUGGCAUUCAGUCGCAGUGGUUCAACGAUGUCUUCAACAUACUGAAUUACACAUCCGGUGUGCUCUACUUCCUCUCCACCUGCAUCAAUCCGCUGCUCUACAACAUCAUGAGCCACAAGUUUCGCGAGGCUUUUAAGGUCACGCUGGCCCGUCAGUUUCGCCUCUCUGUGAAAAACCAGGGCCUGGGACUCCCCCACACCUACAGCGCCCUGCGGCGCAAUCAGACAGGCUCGCUGCGUCUGCACACGGAUAGCGUGCGUACAACAACGACUUUGACGACGCUAAAUGGCAGCAGCAGCAAUGGAGGCGCCUCUGCUGCCGGUCGCAAUUCACAGCGUUUGCAACGUGGCUCAUUUAGCAGCUCGCAUGCCACACUAUUGAGUGCACAGAGUCGCAGCCGACAGGAUUUGUUUGCCGCACGUAUUGCAGGAUCUGAGCCACUAACAACAACAGCAUCAGCAGCAGCGACGCAUCCACACCCGCAUCCACAUCCGCAUCGAACGCUGCAAAGUCAGAUUUCGCAAUUAUCGUCGGUGGGCGAUGCGAAUUCAUUGUUGGAGGCGGAUCUGCAGUGGCCUGAGGAGCAAUUCGAGCUGUCAUCCGCGGUACCAGCCAAGUGCCAGCGUCCAACUGCAGCUGGUCCGACGAUGGGCUCAAUCGAUGAGUUGAGCUGCCAAUCUGGCGUUGGUGUCGAUGCAGCUGCCGCCACUGGUGUGGGCUUGUCCCGUUCGCGUUUGAAGUUGACCCGUAUCACGCGACAACCUCAACUGCAGGCGACAGCAAGUGACGAGGCAACUCCCAUUGCAACGGGCAGUGGCAAAGUGCGCAAGGCAAAAGCCAAACGCUCCAGCACUCUCAAGGGUCUUAAGGUCAAAUUGAAUUGGCUAGGCAGGCACAAGGAGAGUGCUGACAUCGAGCAUACCAAUAAUGCCAGCCCAAAGAUGCCGUCGAGUGUGACACCAACAGCGCCGAAUGGUGUCGACUGAGCGCCACUUCAACUUAGCCAGAGUUCAUUCCACGACGCAAUGGGACUAGGGGGAACUGGGGGACAGCGGCACACAUACAUGUGUACGCGUAACUGUGAUAAGAA